AUCACUAUUUAAAGAUAUAUAGAAAUACAUCUAGAAACUAAUAAGAGUCAACAUAUUUCAAAAAUGAAUUUCAUGCUUGUCAAAUGUAACAGAAUGGUAAAUAAAUAAUUGAUGUAUAGUUGAAAUAAAAGGAAAUUAUUGGAUUAUUACACCAGUACCAAUUUUUUGAAUAGACUUGAAUUACUUGUAUUCCCACAUCGAUUCAUUCUCCAUUGGCAGAAGGUGGGAUCUACACUGGCAGUGGUGUGGUCACCAUCGACAUGAACAGGACUCCAGAAUAAGAAAAACUAUUUCAACGCGUGUUAUUUGCAACACACUGAGGUAAUUAGUUAAUAAAAAAGAAAAGCUGUAGCACGGCCAUUUAAUGUGAGAUGAAGAGAAAGUUCAUUCGAAUGGUGAAAUUUUCAAACCUGGAGGUCAGUGGAGCCCUGAUCAGUCAUUGGUGAUGUUCAUUUAUCCAUAUUAAAGCAGUUGAGGAUACGGUGCAGAAAAAUUGUACAUUGGCCAUGAAUGGGACGAAUCGUUGAGCAGGCUUUAAGGUGGCAAGGAGCCCAUUCCUUCCCUUCAUUGUGUUUUUUUCUGCUUAAAUACAGUGUUGCCUCCGUCCACAAACGCAAACAAAUGUCUCCAAAUAAUUUAAAACGACUUUCCAAUUCCACAGUGAAACACUGCAAAUGGCAGUUAAUAACUUCGUUCGAUUCCUUCACUGGCAGUUCGAAGAUCCUCCUGUAUCCCGUGAGAAAGUCCUGGGCGUGGGGUUACUGAAGUGGGAAUGACGGCAUGAGUGAAUUCACUCGAAUUAGUGAAUGUUAGAGGGAUUCACUUAGGGGUUCGACCCGAAACGUUGCCUAUUUCCUUAGCUCCAUAGAUGCUGCUGCACCCGCUGAGUUUCUCCAGCAUUUUUGUGUACCUUCGAUUUUCCAGCAUCUGCAGUUCCUUCUUAAACACUUAAACAGGCGAUGGGAACAUUCUGCAAAAUAAAGCUUAAUUGGGAACCAAAACCAAAUAUAGGAAAUUACUCUUAAUGUAGCUGUUAUAGGUUAGCUUCAUUUUCUAUUAUAUUCGGGAACAAUUACCCUUGGCAGGAGCUUGCAGGAAACUAUCUCAACCAGGCAGUCUGCCCAGAAUUGUUUUCAGCCAUUUAGGAAAUAUCUACAGUUCAGGCCAUAUUGUCGAAGAAUUUACUUAAAAUCACUCGGUCUUGUCGGCUGGGGCGAUUUUUAUUUCCACAGCUUUCCUCUUGAAGUUGUGUGGAGAUGAGUAUGGAGGGAGUCAGCUUAUGUUGAAAGCAGUUUCCUGCUCUGGAGAGACGAUCACUAAACCGCCCAUCCCACACCAGGCUGAUUAUACUGGGGUAGGGGAUGCCUCAAGCUGCCCUUCCCUUCCUUUAGUCCCACCGCUGUGAGCAGCCGAAGUGGUCGCCUUGCUUCAGCCACCAGAAUCAAGAAUGCUUCUCUUGCUGGUCGUGUUGUCGUUGUGGCCCAUCGUGUGUCUUGUUUCCACUCAGCGGCCAACUUGCGCUUACUACCUGAGCAGGCGUGUGAGUGGCGUGUUUCAUUAUGAUCGGCAGAAUCGUUAUUCUUUGACUUUUCCUGCUGCCAAACUGGCUUGUGAACAAAGCUUUGGAGCUGUGAUGGCAACUAGGGAUCAACUUCAUACCGCUUGCCUUUCUGGUCUAGAGGAGUGCAGGGCAGGCUGGCUGUUGUCAGGAGAAGUAGGUUAUCCGAGGAUUCACAGAAGCUGGAAAUGUGGCCUAAACAAAGUAGGCAUAAUAUCAUAUGGUGUCAAAAAAAACCUGCAGGAAAAAUGGGAUGUGUAUUGUUAUAAACCUGAUGAUGACUGCUCUAAUUAUAAUAAAUUGCUACAACUGGAAGACAACAUUUUAAACAGCAAAUCAGUGAACAUGUCACUGCUCAGAACAUUAGCUUCCUCAAGGAAGAAUGUUUCCAAGAAACAAGAAAUGCCUAAACCAAAACAGAUCAAGACACAGAAAGAUAUAAAUGUUCAGUUUUCCAAUAUAGCAAAACCAUUGUAUCAGAGUGAGCACAGUACACAUCUAUAUAGCACGGACACAUCAACCUCUGUCCUAUCUGUAAAAUCGUCAACUGCUUUUCACAUCAACAGUCUGGAAGCAGAGAGCAGUAAGGAACCAUUGCACAUUGAGAACUCUGAUAAAUGUUCAAAUUGUAAGCAUUCAUUAGAGACUGAAGAAAAAGGCAAAGUUACUGCAGCUUUUGAUACAAGUGGGACUAAAAAUGAAAACCAAACUGAAGUGAUAAGAAAUUCAUCGACAUCUUCUGCUGCAGAGUUGUUGCAUAUUUGGAAUGUGCCUGUGGAUGGAUUUACAACCUCUACAAUCAAUAAUGAUGCAGGAGAUGAAGGUAUUAGACCUUCUCAAGGUUAUUUUAAUCAGCAAAAACAUGUUGGGGUUGUUAUCCCAACUGCUGGCCUUGAAUCUGCUAAACCCAACUCUCUGGGGAGUGCGUAUAGAGAAGACCCAGAAGAAAAACAAAUUAUGGGAAAAACGAGGGGGAGGGUAAUAUAG